AUGGAAGUGUUUUUGGAAAAACAGGACGCUGGACAAGUUCUGUCGCGUUUGCGUCGGGCUAACAGCGCCUUCGAGGAGCUGCGAGCAGCAAACCUGGAGAGAGAAUGCAACGAGGAACCAUGCAGCAUUGAGGAGGCAAUGGAAAUAUUUAAAAAUAAGGAGCUCGUGGUAUGUGACCCUUAUACAAAACAAAAUGUCUGCAUAAUUACGUAUGGAAACCAGUGUGAUCCAAAUCAGUGCCUCAAUAAUGGUAUCUGCAAGGAUGGUGUCAAGAUGUACACGUGCAUUUGCCCAAAUGGCUUUGAAGGGAACAACUGUGAGCUGACAAAGAUCGGCUGCGUGUUUCGCAAUGGUGGCUGCAACCAUUUUUGUCUCGACCAAGAAAAUAAGGCACCCGUGUGUACCUGUGUGAAAGGAUACCGAUUGCAGGAUGACGGGCACACAUGUGAACCAGUAGGUAGGGCCAUAUGUAUAUUUUUUUAUGGUGAGCACAACCUGGGUGUGACGGAGAGCUCCGAACAACACGUCCCAAUUAAGAAUAUCGUAGUUCACAGCCGCUAUGACCCAAUCACCUUUGACAAUGACAUUGCGCUUCUUCAAUUAGAGCGGCCCUUAAAUUUCUCGAGGCUGGUGCUCCCGGCCUGCUUGCCUGAGCGAGACUUUGCUGACAAGGUUCUUGUGGAAGAACAGUCGCGGAUUAGUGGAUGGGGGAGCUUACACCACCGUGGUAUCAAGGCAACGGUGUUGCAGAUAGCGGAGGUCCCCUUCGUCGAUACGCUGCGAUGCAAAGAGUCCAGCAGUAGCUUGGUGACGAAAAACAUGUUCUGUGCCGGUUAUUCCGACGGCACCAAGGACGCGUGCCAGCACGACAGUGGUGGACCACAUGUCACCCUCUUCAAGGACACGUGGUUUGCAACAGGGAUCAUAAGCUGGGGCGAAGUUGCCGCCUCCUCAUCGACGAGAGGGCCGAGCAAGGCCUCCCAGCCGGGCGCCUUGAGUCGCAGGCUCGGAGAUCCGGGCUCCGUGGAAGACGGCGUUUGGCGCUACGGAUAG